GGCAGCAUAAACCCAAGAUAUUGUUUUUUCUUUCCAGAAAUCACCUGACAUUUCUUGUUUUAUUGGCAUUGAGUAAAGCUUGGACAGUCAAGAAACUCCAUGGACAAACAGAAGAUGAUAGCUAUCGACAAGGAAGAUGAAUCAUCAUCAUCAUCGAUCCCACUCUACGCCAUGCAACUCGCGACUUCAUCUGUCCUGCCUAUGGUCCUGAAGGCAACAGUAGAACUGGGUGUGCUCGAUAUCUUGGAGAGAGAAGGCCCCGGCGCCAUGCUCUCUCCUUCGCAGAUCGCUUCCAAGAUUCCCGUCAGGAAUAACCCGGGCGCGCACGGCGUGCUCGAUCAGAUGCUUAGCCUACUCGCUAGCCACUCGAUUCUCAGUGUCUCUUUGGGAAAAGGUCGCCAGGGUGAUGGGGGUUGCAGAGUCUAUGGUUUGGCACCUGUAGCCCAGUACUUCUUGAGGAACCAAGAAGGUGAUUCGCUGAGUGAUCUGAUGUUCAUGGUUCAGGACAGGGUCAUGAUUGAUUUCUGGUUCCACUUAAAAGAUGCUGUUCUGGAAGGAGGAGUUCCAUUUGAAAGGGCGCAUGGGAUGAACGCAGUCUCAUACUUACAGAAGGAUGCAAGAUUCUCUGAGAUUUUCAAGAACUCAAUGAAAGAAUACAACAAAUUGUUCAUGUCGAAAAUCUUUGACGUAUACAAGGGUUUCGAAGGGCUCAACUCACUGGUUGAUGUAGGAGGUGGCGAUGGUUCCAUUCUUAGCAUGAUCAUUUCCAAGUACCCUCACAUUAAGGCGAUCAACUUUGAUCAGGCAUCAGUUAUCGAGAAGUCGCCUUCUUAUUCAGGUAUUGAGUACAUUGCUGGAGAUAUGUUUGUAAGUAUUCCAAAAGGAGAUGCGAUUUUCAUUAAGGUUAGUCUAGAUAACCCAACAACUUCAUAUUGCUUCAGGGAGGUUGCAGAACGAGUAGCUAGAAGAAAGUGGGUACUUCACAUGUUUGACGAUGAACACUGUAUCAAGAUCCUCAAGAACUGCUACGACGCGUUGCCAGACAACGGGAAAGUAAUGGCGGUCGAUCUGGUGAUUCCAGAAGCCCCUGAAGCCAAUCUUGCUGCUCGAAGCCUAUUUCAGAUGUACGUGUUCAUGCGGAACAUGAAUCCAAUGGGAAAAGAGAGAACCGAGAAAGAGUUUGAGACUCUAGCGAAAGAGGCGGGAUUUUGCAGCAUUCGAGUGGCCUACUCCGCUCAUAACUUCUCCCUUGUUGAGCUAUACAAGAAUGCCAAAUUUUGCUAACGUGAUGCUUCACACAAGCCAAUGCUUGCCCAGCUCAUCAGUACAGAAGAAUGCUCAACAAAUCAUGUAUGCUUGAUCAUGUACAAUAAAGAGAUCAGCUGUUAAGUGAAACACCCUUUUAAAUUUCCUCAGAGAGAGAGAGAGAGAGAGAGGACAUUAUGUAAACCGCUGUUUACAGAACGUAUUUUGCCUACUAAAAAUGGGACAAUACCAUCAGUAAUCCAUCUACUUUGCCCAAAAUUCAAAACCGUAUGUACUGUUUUUUUGUUUAA